AUGUCUGCUGAUUUCAUACUAGGUAAAGAUGCUUUAAAACAAACUCAAAAAUCACUAAAAGCAUUGAAACUGCAUCAAAAAGUAGAAGGACAAUCUCAAGCAUCACCAAUCUAUUUAACAAUCAAUAUCAAAAUUAAAUUAAUCAAAAUAAAAGAUUAUAAAUCAAGAAUUAUACCAGUAACUCAUAAAUUAAACAAAGUCGAGAAUAAGUCUAUAUUGCUCAUCACUAAAGAUCCUUCGAAUAUAUACAGAGAAGAAUUGCUUAAAAAAGAUUCACCAACAGAAGAUUCAUUUAAUGAAAUAAUAUCAUUGAAAAAAUUAAAAAGUUUAUCUAAAAACUCCAAGAAUUUAAUAAAAUUAUAUAAAGAAAACGAUAUAGUUGUUUGUGAUUUUAGAAUUUUCAAAUUCUUACCAGAUAUAUUAGGUACAAUUUUUUAUCUCAAAAAUAAGAAAAUUCCAUAUAUGAUUCAAAUGAAUAAAUCAAGUCCAACUCAACAACUAACUAAAACCAAACAAAAUAAAUUGAAAGAUAACAAUUGUGAUUCAAAAUAUGUACAGAAUCAACUAAAGUCAAUAGUAGGUAAUCCAUCAUUUAUUCCAACUUCAAAUUUAGGUGAUGUUAUAAAUUUAAAAAUUGGAUAUACGAAUUGGGAUUUAGAAAAAUUAAUUACAAAUAUAAAUGAUGUUUUAAUUUAUCUAGUUGAUGAUAAGCAUAGACCUUUGGGUGGGAUAAUAAAUAUAGAUCAAUUGGGGAAUAUUCAUGUCAGGUGUGAUAAUAGUAUUAGUUUACCUGUGCUUGUAAAACAUGAAGAGAUUAUAGGAGUUGAUGAAGAUAAUGAAAAUGAUAGUGAUUUUGAUUUUUGA